UGCUUUGGCGCAUUCGCGCAGCGAUCGUCUCAAGCUACAUAUCGUUAAUAUUUGAGGGCUCGCUGAAAACCAAAAGGCACCGAAAACUAAACCUUCUUGCCAAACUACUAAGCUUGCGCACCAAAAUAAAAUAAAUAAAGGGGAAAAGACCAUUAAACAAAAACUUUGUUCACGUUGCGCUUGCGUGCAAGUGCAGUCGUGUGUGUGUUUGUGUGUGUGCCUGUGUGAGUGUGCGUGUGUUUUGCCAACCGCAGCAAAAAUCACAAUAUUUUCUGCGCUUGACCUUUAUUCAAAUUGUUGGUCAACAGUUUGAUUAAUUGCCGCACGGAAAUCAUUAGAAAAGUUGGCUUCAAAAAUUGUCAUCAAAGAAGACUGUCAGUGAGAAAUAAGUAAACAAAUAACAGUUAGCACACACACACUACGAAAAAUAAACAUGGAGUGCAAAUGCUCAAAGCCCUCGGGCACCUUGGAUCGCAUCAUCAACACUCUGAAGUGCUCAACUAUGAUAUGCGAGGGCACACACUUUGACGGUCAAAUUCCACACACUUUCGUGGUGUUUGGUGCAUCGGGCGAUCUGGCUAAGAAGAAGAUAUAUCCAACACUAUGGUGGCUAUAUCGCGACGAUCUACUGCCGAAGCCAACAAAAAUUUGCGGCUAUGCGCGCUCCAAGAUGACAGUGGACCAGUUGAAGAAUCUAUGUGAGCAGUAUAUGAAGGUGCAACCGCAUGAACAGACGAAAUAUAAUGAAUUCUGGCGCUUGAAUAACUAUGUUUCCGGACCAUACGAUGACGCCCAGGGCUACCAGGCGCUCAACCAGCACAUGGAGUCGAUCGAGAAUCGGCUUAAUGCGAAUCGCAUCUUCUAUUUGGCACUGCCGCCCACAGUCUACAACCAGGUGACGUUCAACAUCAAGCACAACUGCAUGUCCAAGGGCGGCUGGAAUCGCGUGAUCGUCGAGAAGCCCUUCGGGCGAGACGAUGUGACCUCGAAGGCGCUGAGCGAUCAUCUGGCCGGCCUGUUCGAGGAGGAGCAACUGUAUCGCAUCGAUCACUACUUGGGCAAGGAGAUGGUGCAAAACCUGAUGACCAUACGGUUCGGCAACAAGAUUCUGAGCUCAACAUGGAAUCGCGAGAAUAUUGCCUGCGUCCUGAUCACGUUCAAGGAGCCGUUCGGUACGCAGGGGCGUGGCGGCUACUUUGACGAGUUCGGCAUCAUACGAGAUGUGAUGCAGAAUCAUCUGCUCCAGAUUCUAUCGCUGGUGGCCAUGGAGAAGCCAUGCAGCUGCCAUCCGGACGACAUACGUGAUGAGAAGGUCAAGGUGCUGAAGUGCAUCAAGCCAUUGGAGCUGAGCGACAUGGUCCUGGGCCAGUAUGUGGGCAAUCCCGCAGGCAGCACGGCUGAGGAGCAGUGCGGCUACCUGGAUGAUCCCACCGUGAGCAAGGCAUCGAACACGCCCACCUAUGCCAUGGCCGUCAUUCAGAUCAACAACGAGCGCUGGCAGGGCGUGCCGUUCAUACUGCGCUGCGGCAAGGCAUUGAACGAGCGCAAGGCCGAGGUCCGCAUCCAAUAUCAGGAUGUGCCCGGCGACAUCUUCGAGGGCAACUCGAAGCGCAACGAGCUGGUGAUACGGGUGCAGCCGGGCGAGGCGCUCUACUUCAAGAUGAUGACCAAGAGUCCGGGCAUUACGUUCGACAUUGAGGAGACCGAACUGGAUCUCACCUAUGAGCAUCGCUAUAAACAUUCCGUGCUGCCGGACGCCUACGAGCGCCUCAUUCUGGACGUCUUCUGCGGCUCCCAGAUGCAUUUCGUGCGCUCCGACGAGCUGCGCGAGGCGUGGCGCAUCUUCACGCCCAUUCUGCACAAGAUCGAGCAUGAGCGCAUCCCACCCAUUCCCUAUCCGUACGGCUCCCGCGGCCCCACUGAGGCCGAUCGCAAGUGCGUCGAGAAUAACUUCAUCUACUCGGCGUCCUACAAAUGGCAUGGCAAUAAGGCGGAUGCAUCUCAUCUUUGAUUUGGGACUCCAUGGGAUCCACUGGCUUUUUGGUGUUUAUGUUGAUCAUAGCGACAUUUAUAUAUAUA